AGCGGGACUCGGGUCGGCUCCGUUCGGGUGCUGGUGGCUGAGGACAGCGCUCCCGCCCCGCUGCCCGGGUCAGUGGUGUCUCUGUGAGGCGGGUAGAGGUGGGCCUGGAUGCGAGCUUCCUGCCCCGCUCCUCCCUGCAGCCACGGGAGCUGUGUGGGUGUCGGCCUCUCCUGAGGGAACAGCUUCAGAGACUGGAGCCAGAAUGUUGAGAAUCCCGAGGAAAUUUUCAGUGAAUGCACUGAAGCCAUCAAGUCUGUGCAAUAAGUGCAUGUAUUACAGGAAGACAAGAAUGAGAGUCGUAACUGCAAUACAGCAAAACUGCAGUAUGAGAAACUACAGUUCUCCACCAGGAGAUGUUAAAUCUCUGCGUUCUGUCAUUAAUCCUCACAUAUCCAGAAUCCGAAACAUUGGCAUUAUGGCCCACAUAGAUGCAGGGAAAACUACGACAACAGAGAGAAUGCUGUAUUAUUCUGGAUACAUAAGAACACCUGGAGAUGUUGAUGAUGGGGACACAGUGACAGACUUCAUGGUACAGGAACGAGAACGUGGCAUUACCAUUCAGUCUGCUGCUGUUACGUUUGACUGGAAGGACUACAGAAUCAAUCUGAUUGAUACCCCAGGUCAUGUGGACUUUACAGUGGAAGUUGAGCGUUCCUUGAGAGUUCUGGAUGGAGCUGUAGCAGUGUUUGAUGCUUCAGCUGGUGUUGAGGCCCAAACUCUGACAGUGUGGAGGCAAGCAGACAAACACCAGAUACCACGGAUUUGUUUUUUGAACAAGAUGGACAAAAACAGGGCAAGUUUUACAUAUGCUGUUGAGAGCAUCAAACAGAAGUUGAAGACAAAACCUUUGCUUUUACAGGUGCCCAUUGGGGAAGCCAAGACUUUCAGAGGACUGGUUGAUGUUGUGACUAAGGAACAAAUAAUUUGGAAACCCACUUCUGAUUUGGAUGAUGGAAAAAAAUUUGAGCAAAAGCCACUGUUGGAGGCUGAUGAUCCCAGCCUAUUCCAAGAAGUCCAGGAUGCCAGAAAUGCUUUAAUAGAACAAGUUGCAGAUCUGGAUGAUGAAUUUGCUGAAUUGGUUCUAGGAGAAUAUAGUGAAAAUUUUGACUUAAUACCAUCUGACAAGUUGCAGUCUGCCAUUCGCAGAGUCACUCUAGCUCAGAAAGCAGUACCUGUGCUCUGUGGCAGUGCACUGAAGAACAAAGGGGUGCAGCCUUUACUGGAUGCCAUUACUAUGUACUUGCCUGCUCCUAAUGAGCGUUCAUAUGAGUUUCUACAGUGGUACAAAGAUGACUUGUGUGCCCUAGCAUUUAAAGUUCUCCAUGAUAAACAUCGUGGACCUCUAGUUUUUGUUCGUGUUUACUCAGGUUCACUGAAACCUCAGUCAGCUGUGUAUAAUAUUAACAAAAGUUGCACUGAGAGAAUGAGCCGUCUGCUUCUACCAUUUGCUGAUCAGCAAAUUGAAAUACCAUCACUAAUGCCAGGCAACAUUGCCCUUACUGUCGGGUUAAAACAGAGUGCCACUGGAGAUACCAUAGUGUCAUCAAAGGCUUCAGCAGUGGCUGCAGCACGUCGAGCUGGGAGGGAUGCUGGGGGAGAGAAGAGGUCUACCAGUGAGGUGGAGAGCCUUCUGCUGGCAGGUGUUGAGAUCCCUGACCCUGUCUUCUUCUGUACGAUUGAACCUCCUUCAAUAACCAAACAACAAGACUUGGAUAAUGCAUUAAGCUGCCUUCAGCGUGAAGAUCCAAGUUUAAAAGUGAAGCUAGAUCCUGACACAGGACAAACUAUUCUCUGUGGCAUGGGUGAACUGCACAUAGAGAUCAUUCACGACCGAAUCAAACGUGAAUAUGGAAUUGAGACUUACUUGGGAUCUCUUCAGAUAGCAUACAGGGAAACAAUCUUAAAUGCUGCCCAAGCUACAGAUGUAUUGGACAGAACAGUAGGAGAUAAGCGACACUUUGUAACUGCAGAGUUAGAAGUGAGGCCAAGGUUAGGAGAGAGAGCAACAACAAAACCUGUCAUCCAGUAUGCUCCAAGUGUCAUUGAAGGGCUACCCGAAGAACUUCAAGCAGCUAUAGAAAAUGGAAUCACAAAUUCAUGUAUUCAAGGCCCCUUGCUUGGAUCCCCAGUUCAGGAUAUAGAUGUGACAGUUCAAUCACUGACAGUACAUCCUGACACUUCCCACACCAUGGUAUCAGCCUGUGUCUCCCGUUGCAUGCAGAAGGCUAUGAAAAAAGCUGGUAUACAAGUACUGGAGCCCUUGAUGAACCUGGAAAUCACAGUAGGUGAAGAGCACCUCAGUGCAGCACUGGCUGACCUUGCACAGCGGAGGGGCAGCAUCCAGGAAAUCCAGAGUCGUCAAGAUAACAGAGUUGUGGUUGCUGCUGUUCCACUGGCAGAAAUGAUGGGCUACUCAACAGUUUUACGUUCUCUAACAUCAGGCUCGGCAACCUUCACUUUGGAGCUUGCCAGCUACCAAGCCCUCAGCAGCCAAGAGCAAAGCGCGCUUCUUCAGAGGAAGAUGGGACUGGUGUGAUUGCUUUACUCUAUAGCACAAUAAAGAUAUUUUCUAUUCUCCCUGUUAAACA